CAUAGUAUUCCUCCACCCAUAUCUUCCUGCUUUUCUUUUCUCUCUCAUUCUCUAUUUUGAUCUGGUGAACAAUUCCACUGGCAGAAAAGAUGUUUCCUUCUAUCAGGAAAUGGUUUGCAGGGGGAGUGUGCACAUCCACAGCAAUGUUGCAUGGAAAAGUGGUCGUAAUCACCGGAGCCAACACCGGCAUAGGGAAGGAGACGGCCAGGGAACUUGCACGAAGAGGUGCUCGUGUUAUCAUGGCCUGCAGAGAUACAGCUAAAGGGGAAGCAGCUGCCUGUGAAAUCCGAACAGAAACAGGGAAUCAGGAAGUUAUUGUGAAAGAAAUGGACCUGAGUAAUAGCAAAUCUAUACGGAAAUUUGCUGAAAAUUUCCUCAAAGAAGAGAAGAAGCUCCACAUUCUUAUAAACAAUGCAGGUGCGAUGAUGGGCCAUUAUACCAAGACUGCUGAUGGUUUUGAGAUGCAUAUAGGAGUCAAUCAUCUUGGUCAUUUUCUGUUAACAUUCCUGCUGUUAGACCGUUUGAAACAGUCAGCUCCAGCUCGGAUAAUAAAUGUGUCUUCAAUGACCCAUGCUUUCUGGAAGAUUAACUUCCAGAACCUGCAGGGAGAAAGGUGGUACAAUCCCCUCCUGGCAUAUUUUCAAAGCAAACUGGCUAAUAUAUUAUUUACCAGGGAACUGGCCCGCCAUUUGCAAGGCACUGGAGUCACUGCAAAUGCCUUACAUCCUGGUGCAGUUCUUAGCGAAUUAGGGCGCCAAUCUUAUCUAGUCAGUAUUCUGCAAGCAGCAAUUCCUUUUGUGUUUAAGACUUCAAAAGAAGGAGCCCAGACUACUGUUUAUUGUGCCGUAGCAGAGGAGCUGACAUCUGUGAGCGGGGAGUAUUUCAGUGACUGUAAACCAGCAUGGGUGGCUCCUCAGGGUCGUGAUGAGAACAGUGCAAAGAAGCUUUGGCAGAUAAGCUGUGAGCUGCUGGGCAUUCAGUGGGACAGUAGGGUCUGCAGUGAACAGUCCCUAACAACCUGAGGCCUGGGGGGGAACAAUAACCCCAAAAUGUGAUGGUAGUGAAAUACUUGUUUUCAUGUCUUUUAAUGUCCGGCACAAACUAUGUAAACAGAACAUGAGAUAGUUAUUUGGGAAGACUGUUCCCAGCUAGUUUCUGUCACUGUAAGCUUUUCUUGGCCUAUUCCACAGUUGUAGAAAUAGAGCACUUAUGCAUGUGGUAAAUGAUUUAAACCUGUAGUGGUGGUCAACAAGUAGUCGCUCCCUCUUUUGUCUUUUCUAGAUCUAUGUUGAGACUGCUACUCUUGCACCCAGUUCCUUCUCCUUCUUGCUCUGAGAUCACUUCAGGCUCAUUCAUCCUCUUAGAGAGAAGCAAGCUCACAUAGCUAGUCUUCCAUGGCCGAGCAGCCCUACACACAUAGAAGUCAGCUUUAGAAGCUUCUUUAACUUAAUUUAGGGCUCUUUCUC